ACUUUACUUGCACUUGUAAAUAAUAAACUAUAUAUAACUAUAAUACUAUAAUAAUCAACUUGCUUUAUCUUGUUUGACAGUGUUGCUUUAAGAGAGUGGGCGGGGUUCACAGUGGUGGGCAGGGCUGAAGAGCUUCAUGGAUGAGCUGUGUUCAGUAUUCUCACGCAUUGUUAAAAGGAGGUCAGUAAAGGUUUCAUCUAGCAAGGACCAUGACAGCUCCAUUCAGAUUACUUGUUGAAGAUUAUCCAAGAUACCUCAAAUCAUUUGAACUCUUUCUGGAUCGCUCAUCAGAGCACCAAUGUAUGCAGGACUUCAUCCAUAAUACUCUACCAGACAUACUGGGAAGCAUUGGUGGAGGACGGGCCAUUUUUAAUGUAAUGGGAGUAGGGAGUGGUACAGGUGAGAUUGAUUUAGAGAUGCUAGCACAGCUACACAUGAAACAUCCGCAAGUCAAAGUUAACAAUGAAGUGGUGGAACCGAGCACUGACAUGUUACACAAGUAUAAAGUUCUGGUGUCAAAAACGCCAAAUCUUGAUUAUAUUAACUUCACAUGGAAUAAGAUGACAGCUUCAGAAUUUGAAAAACACUGGCAGGAGAAAAACCUUGGGAAAAAGAUGGACUUCAUUCACUUGAUACAGAUGCUGUAUUAUGUGAAAGAUCCAGAGGCCACUGUCUCAUUUUUCCGGAGUCUCUUAGAUAAAGAUGGAAAACUCUUAAUCAUUCUGGGGUCAGGUGAGGGUGGAUGGGCGAAAUUAUCGAAGACUUAUAGAGCUGCUCUCUGUAACCCUGAGAUCAGCCAGUGUGUCACUACUGGAGAUAUAAAGACCUUCUUGGAUACCAAGGACAUCCAAUACAGUAAUUAUGUGCUUCAGUCCCAAAUGGACAUCACAGAGUGUUUCACAGAGGGAGAUGAGGUCGGAGAACUGCUGUUGGAUUUCCUAACUCAAGUGGUAGAGUUCAGUAAGAACGCUCCUGAGGACCUGAAGAAAGGAGUGCUGGACUUACUGAGACAUCCCGACUGCAGUAAAGAGGUGGACGGCAGGAUAAUGUUCAAUAGUAGCGUGGAAGUUGUAGUGGUUGAGCCGUAGCCCCAUAACUCCUUAAUAUCUGACCUCACCUCCAAAGGACUUUUGUGUUUAGCAUUCAAUUUCAUGCCAACGCAGAAUGUGUCCUCCCACAUGGAAAAAACAUAUAUAAACAUAUAUGUUUCAAUAUAGGUUUUGAUAUAAGUUUUACAUAUAUGUGACAUAUAUAAAAUUGGCCGUUUUCCUAUAUUAUAUGUACAUAUAUGUACAUAUAUGCACAUAUAUGUUAACCUAUAUAUUGGUAAAAUUAUUAAAAUCUGUAGCUGCUAAUAAAUUAAACAUAAAUAAAGGUCCAACCAAUGACAGUCUGCACCUGCAGGAGCCAGGAUUCAAACCUCCAACCUUCCGAUCACAAAAAUAAAAUGCAAUCCCACACGCCACUGCUGGGAUUUGAGCACCCAACCUUCCGAUCAUUAGACAACUCGCUUUACCAUCUGCGCUACUGUCGCUGUUAAAUAACACUGAACAGUAGCUGUUAAAUUAAACCAUUUUGUUAUACAUGUCCUAGACAGAUCUUGUAAAUGUUUUAAAUGUGCAGACAUCAUAACUUUAUUUAAUAAUUCACAUAAUUUAUGGCCUGUAUAUGCAGAUAUAUGCACCUCAAUUUUGCAUAUAUGCAGCAUAUAUAUUAUCAUAUAUGGGCAUAUACGCUGUAUAUGUGCAGCAUAUAUGUGCAUAGUAGCUGCAUAUAGGUUUCAUAUAUGUGCAUAUAUAUUAUUAUAUAUGUGCAUAUAUGCUGUAUAUGUGCUGCAUAUAUGCGCAUAUUAGCUGCAUAUAUGUUUCAUAUAUGCGCAUAUAUGCUGUAUAUAUGCAGCAUAUAUGUGCAUAUAAGCUGCAUAUAGGUUUCAUAUAUGCACAUAUAUCCACAUAUAGGUUCUUUCCAUGUGGGCUAUAUUUUUUUAUUUGAAUUCCUGUACCAAAAGUAUGGUGGUCUGGCUUAUCAUAGCAUAUAAAACAUAAUAAACAGUAAUUUCAUAGCUUGGGCAUCACAAUGUCACACAUAUUUUCAUUUAAAUAAAGGUUUAUGGAGAUUAUUGCGACAGGAGUCAGAUGACCCCAAAGCAGUGGUCACCAACCCUGAAGAUCAUCACCUCCAACCACAAUCAAACACACCUGAACCUGCUAAUUAAGCUUAAAUGGUGGGCUGAUUUCCAGAAAUUGUGAAACUAUCAGUUUUAUUAACUAUGUAAAUGCUUGGCAAAACAGAUAAAAACGUUCCUCGGUAGCAAAGUAUAAAUGUUUAAUAACUUAUUAACUGAGAAGCCUAACCAGACAGGACAAAGGUUUGGCUUAAGCUAUACAGUACAUUUUAAAGAUAAAUGCAUUUAAUCAAUUAAUGAGUUAUUCUUGUUGUUUCCUAUGAUAAGUCUUUAAAAUAGCACUGCCUUAAUUUUUACAUAUAUUAUUGAACAUUCAGUGUGCAUUAUGCUUUUUAUAAAUGGGUGCAAAUAACCUACACUCCUCUAUAGGAUCACUGUAGAAAAAAAAUAUUAUGAAUAUUGUGCUAUUUUAAGAUGAUGAAGUCUACAGAAGCAGAUACUUAACAAGACUUGUGUCCUGAAAUAAUAUUUCUCACUGUAGAAUUACAUUUUCUCUCAUAGCACACAGUCUUUAAAUGUCUUGUACAUUAGACUAAUUUCCAUGUGUUGUAACUAAAAGCAGAUACUGUAAGUACAAGCAGGAUAAGUUACUCAUGUAACCCUGCUUCCCUGAAAUAACGGGAACAAGCUUUGCGUCAGUUGAUGACGCUAUGGGGGAAACUCCUGUUUACUCC